CAGACCUCCACUCUUUCUCAACCUGAAUGUGUGGCUGUGUGAGAUGUGGGCCUCUGCUGCGACUUACUUAGGUAGGCAAGUUGUGCGUGAGUGACCUGAUGACUUAUCUGACUCGGAGUUUUAUAAGAGGUCAGUCGUGCUUUCCCUUUUCUUGUCUUGUGGUCGGCUUGCUCUUCAAAUCGAACCCCAUCCCGUUUUUCUCCCAAAUUCAAGUUGUGCAUACAAAGACCGCCCUGCAGACUGCUCCCAUGUCAUACAUCAUUCCUAUCGGCCCACCAGGGUACUACAAUUACGACAAUCAGACCACCAGUAGCACAGCCCAUCAACAGCAUCAAGAAGCUGUCGGUGGAGCGGCACAAGGGUACUAUGGCACUCAUCAUCCUCCUGCUCCCGGUCCCAAUCCGGCUGCUCCUGCUGAGGCCGGCGGCACUACCGCCGCCUUAGCAAAGCUAGUCCCACCUCAAGUCCAAAUGCGUCUUCCUCGAGAGAACCCACGUCUCGCCGGCUUCUACGUAGAUGCAGACCGGUUACUCAGCCAGCCCACGCCGAUGCAUGAGUCUCGCUACAUCGCAAGCGUGGCCGACUUCAACUCGUGGAUGACCGAGGUCUACCACCCCAAGAGGGCAGCUCUACAAACACUGGUCAGCGAGCUCGAAUCCCUCCAACAAAGACUUCAUUCCUUCGCCGAAAUAUCCGCCGUCAUUGGCCCAGCCGGCUACCACUUCCUUACGCCCAACCUGGAGCUCGGCGACGUCCUCGACCUCUUGCUUUCCGUCGAGCGUCGAGCCGAAGAAGUCCACCAGGACCUGCUCACGAUGGACGACCUCAAGAUCUCGCUCGAAGCCACCGCCAACGCAACAGCGUGCUAUAGCCACAACGACUGGGACGCUGCACGUAAAUGGGACGAGUGGAAGGAAUCGUCCGAAAUGGCGGCCAAGAGGACGUUCCAUUCGCAGCGCACGGUGCGGAAGUGGGACCUGGCAUCCAGGUUGUCCAACUACUACAACACGACAGAACAAGUCAACACGCCGCCCUACGAGGCCAUCAUGCUCGAGCUGUCGCGCAUCGAGUCGUCCCUUGAUCCAUCGUCGUCGCUGAACGAGAAUGACCGCGCGGUGCUGGAGCGGGCCUUGACCAUCCUGCGCGUUCUCAAGGACCAGGGCUGCCAUGCCUGUAGCCUGUCGUGGAAGGCGAGAAGCCAGGCGCUGCAACAGGACGAGGUUUUUGCAAGGUUAGAGACAGAGCCUGCGACCACGAUGAAUUAUGAACUCCGCGAACAGCUGUUGCAGAGACAGCGGGAAAUUAUUGAGGAGAAUGAAGGACAGGCUGAGCGGGCGAACAAGGCGGUCACGGACCAUUAUGUGCAGUAUGGGGAGGUGCCGGUUAUGAGGUUGUUGGGGGAGGUGAACAGGAACUCGAAAUCGCCGACAGCAACAGCGACAGCGGGCAGUGGUGGGGUUGUCGCGCCGCCGACACAGUCGGCACGGCCGAGCUUUCAGAUGCCACUUAGUUGGUAUUCGAAUAUGUUGACGUCGUCACAUGUAACAAAUAUGCAAGUCAUGAACAACAUUGCUGGCGGCUCAACCAACUUCCAUUUGGCGAAUUCGUAUGGCCAAAUAAAGUGGUAGGUUUGAAAGGAUAUCUACCAGAUUUUACUUUUAUUAUAGACAACAUGGCGUGUCUACAGGGGUCAGGUGGCGUUGGGAAUCCUGCUGGUGGUACUCCGUCCUUCUACAAAUACAAUUGCUCUUAACACUUGAAGCUCUCACCUUCACUUAUACCUUAUGGCACUCCUACGUUAUCGCUGCUCAUUAGCUACAAGAUUUCCCCCUAGCCCCUGAAACUCAGAAGACAAUGCAACCAAAAGACACGACUUCAUGCAUUACAACAAUACUCAAUUCAAUCUGCUAGUCAAAACCACCACUGCCCAGAGCUAGCUGACAACCAGGGACAGACCACCUGGCAGGGCAGAA